GGAAAAGGCUUAACAAAUUGUCAAAUCUGUUAAACAGAGAUUAGACUUUACCUAUUUCAAACAAAAUAUUUUGAUAAUAAAUUUUUGUGUUUUGUGUUUGUUUAUAUUUUAAUUUAAUAAUGGAUGUGGCGGAUCAUCAUGUAGGGCAGUUGCGUGUUAAAGAUGAAGUUGGAAUUCGUUGUCAAAAAUUGUUUCAAGAUUUUUUAGAGGAAUAUAAGGAAGAAGGUGAAGUGAAAUAUUUAGAACCUGUUCAAGAAUUAGUGAGUCCUGAACGUAGCACCCUUGAAGUUAGUUUUGAAGAUGUUGAAAAAUAUAACCAAAACUUAGCCACAACAAUUAUUGAAGAAUAUUUUCGAAUUUAUCCAUAUCUGUGUCAAGCAGUUAGCAAUUUUGUCAAGGAUCGUACUGAUCUUAAGAAAGAAAAAGAAUGUUAUAUCUCUUUUACUGAAGUUCCUACAAGACACAAAGUAAGAGAAUUAACGACUGCAAAAAUUGGAACUCUUAUCAGAAUUUCUGGCCAAGUUGUUAGAACACAUCCUGUACAUCCAGAGUUAGUUUCUGGAACUUUUGUGUGCCUAGAUUGCCAAACAGUAAUAAAAGAUGUUGAACAACAAUUUAAGUUUACAAAUCCAACUAUAUGUCGAAAUCCAGUAUGCAGCAAUAGGAAAAGGUUUAUGUUGGAUGUUGAUAAAAGUUUAUUUGUUGAUUUUCAAAAAGUUCGAAUACAAGAAACCCAGUCUGAAUUACCUAGAGGUUGCAUUCCAAGAAGUGUAGAAAUUAUAUUAAGAGCAGAGACUGUUGAAGCAGUACAGGCUGGUGACCGCUAUGACUUUACUGGUACCCUGAUAGUAGUUCCUGAUGUCGGUGCGUUGAGUUUACCAGGAGCAAAAGCUGAAAGCGGAUCUAGGCACAAAGCUGGUGAAAAUCAAGGGGAAGGUGUUAGAGGAAUUAAGGCCUUGGGAGUACGUGAUUUGAAUUACCGAAUGUCCUUUUUGGCAUGCUCUGUCCAAGCUACAACUGCGAGAUUUGGUGGUACUGAUUUACCUAUGGAGGAAGUAACUGCUGAAAUAAUGAAGAAGCAGAUGACUGAUCAAGAAUGGAAUAAGGUUUAUGAAAUGUCCAGAGAUCGUUUGCUUUAUCAAAACUUGAUAAACAGUUUGUUUCCAAGUAUACAUGGUAAUGAUGAAGUAAAAAGGGGUGUUUUAUUGAUGCUGUUUGGUGGAGUUGCUAAGACCACUAUAGAAAAAACUACUCUGCGUGGUGACAUUAACUGUUGUAUAGUUGGUGAUCCAAGUACUGCAAAAUCUCAACUUUUGAAGCAAGUAGCUGAUUUCUCCCCAAGAGCUGUAUAUACGAGUGGUAAAGCAUCAUCAGCUGCUGGUUUAACUGCUGCUGUUGUACGUGAUGAAGAAAGUUUUGACUUUGUUAUUGAAGCUGGUGCUCUCAUGUUAGCAGACAAUGGUAUUUGUUGUAUAGAUGAGUUUGAUAAAAUGGAUCCCCGGGAUCAAGUAGCAAUUCAUGAAGCUAUGGAACAGCAAACUAUUUCAUUGACAAAAGCUGGUGUAAGAGCCACAUUAAAUGCAAGAACCAGUAUAUUAGCUGCUGCAAACCCUAUUGGGGGUAGAUAUGAUAGAUCAAAAUCACUACAGCAAAAUAUUAUGCUCAGUGCUCCCAUUAUGAGUAGAUUUGACUUGUUUUUCAUUCUUGUGGAUGAAUGCAAUGAGGUUAUUGAUUAUGCAAUUGCCAGAAAAAUUGUUGAUUUGCAUUGCAAUAUAGAAGAUUCUGUAGAACAAGUAUAUUCACGUGAAGACGUCCUUCGUUAUAUUACAUUUGCUCGUCAAUUUAAACCUAUUAUAAAUGCUGAAGCAGCUAAUCUAUUAGUUGAAAAUUAUAAUCAACUUAGGCAGAGAGAGGGUACAUCGAGCAGCAAAUCGACAUGGCGAAUAACUGUGAGACAAUUAGAAUCCAUGAUUAGAUUGUCGGAAGCUAUGGCUAAAAUGGAAUGUAGUGAUGAGGUGCAACCUAAACAUGUAAAGGAAGCAUAUAGAUUAUUGAACAAGUCUAUAAUUCGUGUAGAGCAGCCAGAUAUUCAUUUUGGUGAUGAAGAUAAUGAUGCUGCACUGGCAUUGCAAAUGGAGGUUGAAGGAAUUGAAGCAGCGGCCAUGGAUGUUGAUAACCCCUCUGGUGAGACUGGAGUAUCCAAUGGAAAGAAAAAGCUGACUCUGAGUUUUGAUGAAUAUAAAUCUCUUAGUAAUAUGUUAGUUAUGCAUAUGAGAAGACAAGAAAACCAACUAGAAAUGGAAGGCUCUGGAAGUGAAGAAGGACAAAGACGCAGUGAUAUUAUUGCAUGGUAUUUGGAACAAAUUUCAGAUUUAAUUGAAUCUGAAGAAGAAUUGCUUGAAAGAAAGUCUUUGGUUGAAAAAGUGAUUGAUAGGCUCAUAUAUCAUGAUCAAGUCAUCAUUCCUUUGAUGUCCACUGGUUUAAAAGGCAAAGCGAAAACUGAUGAGCAUGAAGAGGAUCCACUUUUAGUUGUUCAUCCAAAUUACAUUGUAGAUUUGUAAAUGACAAAGUGAUAUUUUUAGCAUAAAAUUGCAAGUAUCUGAAAAAUAGUUGCAGUUUAUAAAAGGUCAAAAUACUAAUCAUCACAGAAAUAGAUAACAAAUUUUGAAGAAUCGAAUAAAUGGAAAUGCAUGAUCUCGAUUUAUGCACAUAUUUUUUAU